UUUGGGGAUUAUUUGAAACGAAAAUUCGUUAGUCGUCAAAAUGGCAGCAUACUUGUUGUUUGGAUUUUUAGUCGCCCUUGGGCUGGGACAGGGAGAUUCUCUGAACACUCCACUACAACCGGCGUACAUUGAACACCUUCGUAGUGCUUCGUCCCGUAUCGUCGCUGGUUGGGAAGCUGAAGAUGGCCAGAUCCCCUACCAGAUCAGUUUGCGUAUGGUGAACGUAAAUGCUGGAGUAUCAUCAUGUGGUGGCUCCAUUAUCCAUCACAACUGGGUGAUCACCGCUGCUCACUGUUUGGCUAAUCGCUUCACAUUCGUGGUCCGCUUUGGGCUCACGAACCUCACUCGACCGGAGUACAUCGUGGAGGCGACGAGGAAGUAUAUCCACCCUCAGUACCAGGAGAACGUGAACCGAGUGCAGACUGAUGAUAUCGCUUUGUUGGGCAUUGAUCAGCAUAUUCCUUAUGGCCCAUACAUCCAACCCUGCAGGCUGGAGAGCAGCGAGCAGACAGCGCUGAAACACAUUGGAGAGAGAGUCACUGUUAGUGGUUAUGGACUCACAGACGACAGAUGGAAUGGUGGAGAUUCAUCUGAGGUCCUGAGAUGGGUGUACCUCCGCGCCAUCUCCAACGAGCAGUGCCUGAUGUUCUACCCGGGCAGUACCGUCAUCCAAAAGCAGACCAUUUGCGCAGAAUCCUACAAUGACACAGCUCAAUCUUCCUGCCAGGGUGACAGUGGCGGCCCUCUCACCAUCGUCGACGCUGAUGGAAAACCCACCAUGAUUGGCAUCGUCAGUUUUGGAUCGUCUGCUGGGUGCAAUGGACCUCAUCCUUCAGCAUACGUCCGCCCCGGUUUCUACCAAAAGUGGUUCACUGAAGUAACCGGUCUUAACUUUGACUGGAGCAGCGAGGACAAUGAGCCAGAAAACGAACCAGACGUGGAGCCAGAACCAGUAUUGAUUAUUGAUCAAAUGCAAUAAUAUAAUUAGCUUUUUAACUUCAGUAACAUGAGACAAUAAAAGUUAAAUUUUA